ACAUCUCUGAUUGGAGCAGCCUUAACCACCAUAUAAAAUAUCUGUUGACAUGUAGCCUAAAUGUUUUAUGACUUGUUUGGUUAUUUAGAUGAGCUUGCUAUGGUGUGGCGAGAUCAACUCAAAUCCACCUUGAAGAAGAAGUUUCAAAAUGUAUUUGAGGGAAUAGGGGAGCAAGGAAAUCCAACAAGACGUCUCAACCAGAUCUACACAGACCUCUACAUCACAGAGGGUGAAAGUGGAGAGGUCAACAGUGAACACGAAGUGAGACAGAUCGAGGCAACAUCCAGGAGACCAGCAACACAAGAGACACCAAUCAAAUACAACAACAUCUUUAAAUCGUUACCCGGACAAGACAGACCAAUCAGAAGUGUGAUGACCAAGGGAGUGGCUGGUAUUGGAAAAACAGUCUCUGUGCAGAAGUUUAUUCUGGACUGGGCUGAAGGAAAAGCAAAUCAAGACAUCCAGUUCAUAUUCCCGCUCCCUUUUCGGGAGCUGAAUUUGAUGAAAGGAAACAAGUGCAGUUUGAUUGAGCUUCUUGGCCAUUUUAUCAUGGGGAUGAAAAACAUUGAUUCCUCUGGCUAUGACAAGUGCAAAGCUUUGUUUGUCUUUGAUGGUCUGGAUGAGUGCAGACUUCCUCUAGACUUCCAGAACAAUAAGAGCUGUUGUGAUGUCACAGAGUCCACUACGGUGGACGUGCUGCUUACAAACCUCAUCAAGGGGAAUCUGCUUCCCUUUGCUCUUCUCUGGAUAACCUCCCGACCUGCAGCAGCCAAUCAGAUCCAUUCUCAGUACAUUGACCUUCUGACAGAGGUACGAGGAUUCAACGACCCUCAGAAGGAGGAGUACUUCCGGAAGAGAAUCAGUGAUGAGAACUUGGCCAACAGAGUCAUCACACACAUGAAGUCAUCAAGGAGCCUCUUUAUCAUGUGCCACAUACCAGUGUUCUGUUGGAUCUCUGCCACAGUUCUAGAGAGAAUUUUGGAUGAAGCAGUGAGUGCCGACAUCCCCAAAACUCUGACUCAAAUGUGCACUCACUUCCUGAUUUUUCUGACCAAACAGAGGAAUCAGAAGUACGUUGAAGAGCAAAGUGGAGAUCCUCUGUGGAUGAGAGAGAGCAUCCUGUCGCUGGGAAAACUGGCAUUCCAACAGUUAGAGAAAGGCAAUCUAAUAUUCUACGAGGAAGAUCUGAACAAGUGUGGAAUUGAUAUCAGAGAAGCAUCAAUCUACUCAGGAGUGUGCACACAGAUCUUCAGAGAGGAGUCUGGACUGUACCAGGGGAAGGUGUACUGCUUUGUGCAUUUGAGCAUCCAGGAGUUGCUUGCUGCUUUGUAUGUGUUUCUCACUUUCAAGAAUGGCAACAAAAGUCCACUGGUCAAACAGAGAUCCUUGUCCAGUAAGCUCAGAAAAUCAUUAUUUGGACACAAAACUUUGACCGACUUACACAAGAGUGCAGUUGAUCAGGCCUUAGAGAGUGAGAACGGAGAUAUGGACCUAUUCCUCCGCUUCCUUCUUGGCCUCUCGCUGGAGUCUAAUCAGACUAUCCUACGCGGUCUACUGACAGAAUCGGUAACCAGCUCAACCAGCCUGGAGGGAACAGUCAAGUACAUCAAAGAGAAGACCAGAAAGAAUCUCUCUCCAGAGAGGUGCAUCAAUCUGUUCCAUUGUCUGAGUGAGCUGAAUGACCAUUCUCUAGUGGAAGAAAUCCAAAGCUACCUGAGAUCAGGAAGUCUCUCAGGAGCCAAACUCUCACCUGCACAGUGGUCGGCUCUGGUGUUUGUGUUGCUGACUUCAGAAAAGGAGCCGGAUGUGUUUGACCUGAGGAAAUACUCCACAUCAGAGGAGGGUCUUCUGAGGCUGCUGCCAGUAGUCAAAGCAUCCAGAACAGCUCUGCUAAGUCGGUGUAACCUCACAGAGAGAUGCUGUGAAAAGUUGGCCUCAGCUCUCAGCUCAAACUCCUCACACCUGAGAGAGCUGGACCUGAGUCACAAUAACCUGCUGGAUUCAGGAGUGAAGCUGCUUUGUGUCGGAUUAGGGAAUCCACACUGUAAACUACAGAUACUACGACUGAAUCGAUGCUACAUCACAGAGAGAUGCUGUGAAGAGUUGGCCUCAGCUCUCAGCUCAAAUUCCUCACACCUGAGAGAGCUGGACCUGAGUCACAAUGACCUGCAGGAUUCAGGUGUUAAGCUGCUCUCUGCUGGACUGGAAAAUCCACACUGUCAACUGGAGAUACUGAGGUUGACAUGUUGCAAUAUUACAGAAGAAGGCUGUACUUUUCUGGCUUCAGCUCUCAAUUCAAACCCUACGCAACUAAGAGAGCUGGAGCUGAGCUACAAUAACCCAGGAGACUCAGGAGUGAAUCUGUUCUCAGCUUUACUGGAUGACCCGCGCUGUAAACUGGAGAAACUAAAAAUGGACAUUGCUGAAGAGAGCAUGCUCAACUUCGGGCUUAGGAAAUAUCACUGUGAGCUCACACUGGAGCCGAACACAGCACACAGACUGCUCUUGCUGUCUGAGGGGAACAGAAAGGUGACAAUGGUGAGGGAGGAGCAGCCAUAUCUUGACCAUCCUGAAAGAUUUGACCAUUCGAAACAAGUGCUGUGUAGAGAGGGUUUGUCUGGGAGAUGCUACUGGGAGGCAGACUGGAAUGGGGAAAGGGUCAGUAUAGGAGUGGCAUACAAAGGAAUCAAUAGAAAAGGAAAGUUUGAUGACAAAUGGCAUGGAUGCAAUGCCAAGUCCUGGGGACUGAACUGCUCUCAUUACAACUACAAUGCCUGCCAUGGCGACGAGAUGACUGACAUACAUGUCCCCUCCUCUCUCUCUCAAAGAAUAGGAGUGUAUCUUGACUGGCUGGCUGGCACUCUGUCCUUCUACAGAGUUGUCUCUGCUGGAUUGACCCACCUGUACACCUUCCAUACCACAUUCUCUGAGCCUCUAUACCCAGGAUUUACUCUUUGGGAUGGCUCCUCUGUGUCCCUGUGCCAGGUGAAACAACCUUCAGUGUCUUGGAACACCUGAGUCUUCAGGUUUCACAUGCUUUAUUGUUGUUAAUCCGUCCUUGUGUGGAGCAUGGCUUCUCGCAUAGCUAGACACUUUUCUGUAUAUAAAUAUAUAAUAUAUGUAUAUAAAGUGCUAUUGAAGUAGUUAUUAUUCCCUGUAGCCUAAAUCGAAAUAAUGUGCAAUGUUUAUGAUUAAUGCCAUUCUGUAGAUGAUUAACUACUGUUUUAUA